GCCGGCUUCAUGAAAUAUAUAAACAUUUUAUUUAUCCUGUACGGGAGGUGAGGUUUGCCAAAAACCACGUUACUAUGGAAUCCCACGUUUGCAGCCAAUAGAACAACAGAAUGCGUAAUGAAGAGAGGAGGGGUCUCCGCGCGUAAAUGCGCAGCCGAGCGUGAAAGCGCCGGAGGGACAAAGACACGCAGCAUGCAACAGGACUCCGAGAGCAGAAAACACACUCCAAAUAACAUGCAAACGCAGGAGGACUCUCACACUUUCGGUGAACGGAUAAACACUUGAAAUGCGUAACCGGAUAGCAGCAGAUUGAACUGAUCACAUGGAUAACCGCUGAACUUUCCCUCUGAAAAGCCUCAUUGUGGAGUGAACGCAGACGCACCGUGUUAUGCGUUCACCUCGCAUUUCAAUUGAAGUGCACCAGAUCGAUGCAAGCAUGCACCUAAUCUGAGUUUGCAGCAGAAAUGGAGAGCCGCAUCGUUCCCGUGGCAUUUCUCUCGUUUGUGAUGAUGCUGGAGGCGCAGAUGGUUUGCUGGCAGGCGCUGAUGCGAUGUCACGAAGAACGCGACUGCGAGCUCGCCUACAGCCAGUACCUGAGCGCGUGCGACGGGAACAUCCGCCUGUGUCCGAGCCACUGCAUCAGCGCGCUCAUCCGCCUCAACCAGACCGCAAACGGCCCGUUUCUAGAGACCUGCGACUGCGGGAGCGACCCGGAGUGCCUGCGGGCCAAACGAGCCGUCGAGCCCUGCCUGCCGCGGACGCAUCCGGGCGACGCCGAUGGGAUCGGUUGCAUGGAAGCUCGCCAGCGCUGCGAGGAUGAGCCCAGCUGUCAGUCAUCCCUCACCGCAUAUCUAUCCCACUGCGGACAGCUGUUCAACGGGAGGAAGGGUUCGUCCCGGUGCAGAGCCACCAUCGAGGAUAUGGUCAAACUGUGUUCGAUAGGAGACAACAGCGUCUCCAUUGACCACGACGGGACGGACGAUGCAUACGAGGACGAGGAUUAUGAGGUCAAACCGGAGAGCGAGGGGACCGAUGCUGAUGCAGUGCCGUCGGUGACUCGUUCUCAACAGACAGUCCUGCUGUGCAUUGCAUUCGCUCUGGCGUUCACACUUUAA